CGAAGACUGCCCAACGCCGCCGCCUCUCUUCUUCCUUCUUCUUCAUCGAGCGGGUGACGACGGCAAGAAGGCCGAUAAUAGCGCCGGCCAGCAACACCGCUAGACCGACGAUCAUCCACGGCGAGGAUGACCAGCGGCAGAGCAAGGAUGCGACCGGCCAACCCUUUGAUUGAAAGACUGGAAUCGACAAUCAGCGACGAGGAAAGGUCCUUCCGGAGAGACUUCCCCGACCUCCUUCUCCAACCUUCCCCAAUCGGCAACUGCCUCCCGACGGAAAGGAGCAAUCGACGACGACGAUGGCCAGCGGGGCUGAGCAAGUCGGGCUGCAAUUCCGGCAACCUCCGGGCCACGGCGGUCGAUUCGAAAUCAAUUGGAGGCCAUACUUGGAAUCUGCAGCUACGUUGAAGUUUGCUAAGAAUGGGUACCGAGAGUUGAAGGUCACGGAUUUUCACCAUGAAGUUGAUGCUUCUUUACCACAUACUCAGGAGUUGUCUAGGGGCAUCAAUCCAUGUUAUGAAAGGAACAUGAGUUGUCUAGAUGGAUGUGAAAAGUGCUACGACAAGCAACUCCAUAGUUGGAACGGAGCUGCUCAGCUACAACAUAUUCAGAGGUCUCAGUAUUAUGUGCAAUAUAGUCGUUCUGUCCGGGUGGGUUUCACCAUCAUUCUUCUCUGCUUGAUUGUCUUUUUAGCAUUGCAUAUGUGAAGAGAAUCAGUAAAUCUACUAGUAAAUCUACUAUUGAAUCUGGAGGAGGGAGGAAGGGAACUUGCAGAGUAUGGGAUUCGGCGAUGCUCCCUAUACAGUUGCUGUUAGAGAAGUGCUUCAACUGUUUCUGGUUUAUAAUGAAUGAAUCUUAUGGAUGAUGACACAGGUGACCACUCCCACACUAUGAAAGAAUCACUUUGUUCAUCGCGCUCCCCCUCAUCCAAGGUUUUUGUCAAGUAUGCCAAGGCCUUCGGGUUACUGUCAUGAGCACCUCUGCUGACAAAAAGCAAGAGGCCAUAGAACGUUUUGGUGUUGAUUCCUUCUUGAUCAGUUGUGACCUUGAACAAAUGCAGGCUACAAAGAGCACACUUGAUGGGAUAAUAGACACAGUUUCUGCAGUUCAUCCUCUUAUGCCACUACUAAGCUUAUUGAAGACCAAUGGUAAGCUUGUAUUGCUUGGUCUCCCGGAGAAACCCCUUGACUUGUCAGCGUUUCCCUUGAUCAUGGGUAUGUAAUAUUAGCCACACUUCCAUUCACAUGUUGUACAUAUCUCUGCUCCGCCUUGGCAUUGAUCUAAAAUGAACUAAAUGACAUUAAUUCAUGUUUUGAUUUUGGAUCGCAAGCAGAAAAUUGGUUGCAGGAAGUGGCAUCGGUGGAAUAAAUUAAAGGAGACUCAAGAAAUGUUGAACUUCUCAGCCAACAUAACAUCACGCCCGAUGUUGAGAUUGUGGCGAUGGACUAUGUCAACACCACCAUGGAACGCCUGGCUAAAGCCGACGUGAAAUGCGGAUUCGUAUUGGAUUUUUUCAAAGAGUAUUACUAAACCAGAUCACCAUUUUGCAGGUUCAACCCCAUGGAAUGGCUAGAGAUUAUACGUUCUAGGUGGUUGUCUCUAACAAUUGGUUCUUGAUUCACAAUGAUCAUUUCAGGAGUUAUUGGGUUUCUGCUUGCAGGCGGGAGAUUUAAGUUCAAUCCACGAAGAUUUUCAAGGAUUGGGUUCCUCACUUGUUCCUCUGUAGGAGCAACAACAACCUGUAGCAUAGGAAUAGGAUGGAUUGAAAAAGCAGGCAUGUAGAAUAUGCAAAUUGUAAGGAAGAUGAUGUAAAUAUUAAAUUAUUAGAUGUUAA